GCGACGCGUGUUAUCGUGUUGAUACCCACCCUUUGAAGCCUUUUAACUUGCUCCUCUCUCCCUCCCUCCGUUGCAGAGCCAAAUCCGCCGUCGCAAAACCUCUCUCUCCCCACACACACACACUAAGAGACACAUAUAUGUAUAAUAUGCUCUCCUUAGAUCCAUACGUUGAUUCUAGAUCGUUCAUCAAUAAGAGAACCAGAAGCUGAGUUUCUCAAGAACGUUUCAUUUUCUCCCAAAGAGGGAAAUUCGAAUCAUCCGAUCCGAUUCGAUCAUACGGAAUCGACGGUGUUGAUUGAUGGCGUCAACUCUGAUCUCGAAUCAGGUAACGAACUCGGACAGAGCGCUCGAGUCAGCAAAGAGGAAAAAGAAGAAGAAAAGUCAAGCAGCCAUCAGAGAUCAAACUCAAAACCCUAACAACAAUUCCAACGAGAUUCAAUGGAAGUCCGAAGUUCAAGAACAAGUCUACUCUUCGAAACUCCUCCAAGCUCUCCGCCAAGUCCGGCUGAGCUCAUCUUCGUCGUCGGCUCCGAAGGGCCGUCUCGCCGUGCGCGAAGCCGCCGACCGAGUCCUGGCCGUGGCCGCUAAAGGAAGGACCAGGUGGAGCCGUGCCAUCCUCACGAACCGGCUCAAGCUCAAGUUCACGAAGAACAACAGAAAGAGAGUGGCGGUGAACGGCAACAGCAGGUCGAAGAAGCCGAGAGUGAGUGUUUUGCGGUUGAAUUCGAAGAAUUUACCGGCGGUGCAGAGGAAGGCUCGCGUUCUCGGACGGUUAAUUCCCGGUUGCCGGAAACAACCGUUGCCGGUGGUUUUAGAAGAAGCCACGGAUUAUAUUUCUGCGCUGGAGAUGCAGGUUAGAGCCAUGUCUGCUCUAGCCGAGCUGCUCUCGGGCUCCGCUUCUGACAGCGGCUCAAAUGUUUCGGCUCUUACUCAGCUCGGUCCAAGCCGGCCUCCACCAAUCUGAUUUCACUUUCCUAUUUCUUCUAUUUUUGUUUUUAGUUUUACUUUAUGUCUCUCUCUGUGUCUCUUCGGUCUCCAGUAUUUCCAUGUCAAGUACAUUCUCUCUGAGAAAUGAUAAAAUCCAAAUUUUAACAGAAAAAGUAAAAA